AUCGGCCCCUUACGCGCACACGGGCAUUGACGACGAUCACCAGAGCCAAACCCUUCGUCGAGCGGCAUUGUCCCGCCAUAGCCGCUGCCACCAGCGCCACAGCCGCCUGCAACCAGCGCUGUAGUCCCCCCCCUUUCGCCCCUCUCCGAUCCCCCCUCGCCCCCUUGCCGCGAGGACCAUAGCCCGAUGCCCCAGCUCCACAGCUCCUGCCGCGACCGGCGUAGCCCCCUUCCACCACCGUCCACGGAAAGCCAUAUCGGCCAUCCGCCCACAAAGCCUGGCGAGCAGAACAGCGCCCAGCUGUGCUUUUUGGAGUUGUUGCAGAGUGGGAGAUCUUUGGACCUAGCAGGGUUGCAGGUCUGAAAGCUGUCGGUGUUUCCCGAAUUGGAAAGUCCGUGGCAUAGUUUUUUGGUUUCUAUGGAUACCCUUGCGGCCUUCGUUAAUUGCGACCUGCUGAAAAGCAAUGUGGGUAAGCGAGUACGGACAGUCAUCAAAGUUAAUCGGAUAGAAAAUGGGGCUAUAGUUGGAGAAGGCCCAGGUGGAGGGGUUAUAACGGUCAAGCCAGGCCGUCGUGGAUUAGACACAGCCCCCAAUAGAUAUCGGGAGGUGAUCGGAAUUGCAGAGGGGGGAUCGAUCAUCGCUGAGGAGGUCGGCACAGAUUUUGGCGAUAAGUUUGAUCUACAGAACUUCAACGAGCUUUGCAAGCUUGCAAGUAAAGACUUUCAGGCGCUUUUUAUGUGAGUUUCGAAGAUGGCAUCACAUCCAAGUUUUGGUCUUGUGUCGGUGUGGUCAGCCUCAAAGAGAAGGAGAGAGGGGGAGAGGAGAGCCUACACCUCUGUGUAGAGAGGGAGAUUGGAGAGGGAGGGGGGAAAAAAGGGGGGGGGGGGGGGGGGGGGGGGGGGGCUGGGGGGGGGGGGGGGGGGGGGGGGGGGGGGGGGGGGGGGGGGGGGGGGGGGCGGCGGGAGAAGAGAGGAGAGUGUACAUCUCUGCUGUGUAGACAGGAAAAUAGAUGGAUGGAUGGAUGGAGGGAGGGAGGGAGGGAGGGAGGGAGGGAGGGAGGGAUGGGAGGAGAAUGUAUCGGUGAAGAGGGACUUGUCUAAUCACCAUGGUGCCUUUUUUGCACCCCGAUGCCAGUCAGCUUUAUAUAUGUUGUCCACAGUUACAAUCUCAGUGAUAAAUAUUAGCUUCACCCUUUCAGGUUGAAAUAGCACAAUAAUGAGAGCAUUCAGAAGGAGAGGGGGGAGGGGGGGGGGGGAGAAAAAGAAAAAAAAGAAUGGAGGACCGUUUCUGGACGGGUAUGAACGAGAAUGUAUGUGCCUAUUUGGCUACAGUGAAGUAUGCGCGGUACGGCCCGGCUGUUGCCACGGCUAGGGUCUUCAGAAUGCAGGUACAGCCGUGGGAUUCAGACGCGAAGCAUCUGCUCUUGGAGCCUUUUCCUGUGCAGUGCUGUGCUCUGAAAGUCAAAGCGAAGAGGUCUCGUUAAGUUCGGUCGUUUUGUAACGGCGAGGGUCUUGUUUCUGUUUAGAUUUUGCCGUUUGGGUCUUGUUUCUGCCGUGGGAUUCAGACUCGAAUCGUCUGCUCUUGUUUCUGUUUAGAUUUUGCCGUUUGGGUCUUGUUUCUGCCGUGGGAUUCAGAUGCGAAUCGUCUGCUCUUGGAGCCUUUUCCUGUGCAGUGCUGUGCUCUGAAAGCCAAAGCGAAGAGGUCUCGUUAAGUUCGGUCGUUUUGUAAUGGCGAGGGUCUUGUUUCUGUUUAGAUUUUGCCGUUUGGGUCUUGUUUCUGUUUGGAUUGCCGUUUGGGUCUUGUUUCUGUUUGGAUUGCCGUUUGGGUCUUGUUUCUGUUUAGAUUGCCGUUUUCGGACCCAGCUGUGGUUUGUGCUGAUGAUCGCCUUCUGCUUUUUCCUUUGUUGCCUCUUUUGGAAGAAAGGUGAACCUGGUCCAAUUCUCCAUCCGCCAGCCAGACUCCGUUUAAUUGUCGC